AUGUCGACUCCUUCAAAGAGACGGAAGAAGAACGAUGGGCAGCCAGUACGAGGCCUCGACUACUUCUUCGGCAAGCAAGCACAGGCGAAACAGCAACCCAAGGACGAACCAAACCACGAGGCUCAAGAAGCAAGCACAAAACCCGAUGACCUCGACCACGAUGUUCUAUCAGACGAGGCACUAGCUAGAAAACUGCAAGCAGAAUGGGACGAACAAGAUCGAGCACCGCAAGCUCCUACUCCUUCGCCGUCGAAGUCAGCAGCCACAACCGAAGCCAGCGAAGCAGCACCAGCCCUACCAGAACAUGUCAAGAAAGAGAGGGAUAUAAAGGAAGAGACGCCUACACCAGCUCCAGUACCAGUGGCCGUGAACCCAUUCGCAGGAAUGGGGAAGAAGAACACAUUGUCGCUUCAGUCAGCCACUGCCGACGACGACACCAUUACCUACGACAUCCCCUUCGACCAAAGUCCCUUGACCUUCGACCCGCAAAAGUACAUUCCGGAGCUGAAGAAGCAAUGGGUGACCGAUAAUGGCCAUGCUACGUACGCGCUUCUCACCCACUGCUUCGUCAUGGUCAACAGCACACAAAGCCGCAUCAAGAUUGUCGAUACAUUAGUGAAUGCUCUGCGUGUCAUCAUAGAAGGAGAUCCUCAGAGCCUGCUGCCUGCAGUAUGGCUUGCGACCAACUCAAUCUCUCCACCGUAUAUCGAUAUGGAGCUUGGAUUGGGAGGCUCUGCAAUCUCGAAGGCGCUGAAGAAAGUCUGUGGGCUGGACAAUGCCGGCUUGAAGAAGUUGUCUGACAAGUACGGAGAUGCUGGUGAUGUCGCCUUUGAAGCAAAGAAGCGACAGAGCUUGACUUUGAGGAAACCGAAGCCUCUGACCAUCAAAGCUGUCUUCGACUCAUUGGUCAAGAUCUCACUGGCAAAGGGCCAUGGUAGUGUCGAGACCAAACAGCGACUCGUAGAAAGACUUGUUCAGGAUGCCAGAGGAGCCGAAGAGAGUCGAUAUGUCGUUCGUACUCUGGUGCAGCACACGACUAUGCUUAUCGCUCUGUCUCGGGCCUUCUUGCUGUCCAAGCCGCCCAGCGCCGACUUCUCGACGCGCGACAGGCAUGAGCUGGCAAAACUAUCAAAACAACAACUGGUCGAAGUGUGGGCUCCUGCUGAAGAAGUCGUGAAAGCGUGUUUCGCUCGUCGACCCAAUUACAAUGAUCUCGUGCCCACGCUGCUUGAGAUUGGUGUUACCGAGGAACUUCUACUUCGUUGCGGUCUCGCCAUGCACAUUCCACUCCGGCCUAUGCUGGGUGGUAUCACUAGAGAUUUGGGCGAAAUGCUAACAAAACUUUCUGCUCGCGAGUUCACCUGCGAAUACAAGUACGAUGGCCAACGAGCACAAGUUCACUGCGACUCAGCCGGCAAAGUAACAAUCUUCUCCAGGCACCUUGAAGUAAUGACCGACAAGUACCCCGACCUCGUCGCGCUCGUCCCCAAGAUUCGUGGCGAAGGGGUAGACUCCUUCAUCCUUGAGGGCGAGGUCGUAGCCGUGGACCGCGAGACUGGUGCUCUUCUUCCUUUCCAGACUCUCUCCAAUCGUGCAAGAAAAGACGUGGCCAUCACCUCUGUAACAGUGGAUGUAUGUCUUUUCUCUUUUGACUUGAUGUAUCUGAAUGGCGAGGGCCUGAUGGACAGACCGUUUCGUGAACGAAGAUCUCUGUUGCGGAGUCUGUUCAUCGAGCUUCCGCAUCAUUUCACCUGGGUCAAGAGCAUCGAUGCUACGUCAGCAGACGUCGAAGCAAUCUCCGACUUCUACAAGCAAGCAUUGUCCGACAAGUGUGAAGGCUUCAUGGCCAAAGUGCUGGACAACCUUCCAAAUCCUGACCUCUUAGACGCCAACGAAGAUGGAACACCUAAACCACCACCCACACCGUCAAAACGAAAACGUACAACGAAGCGUAAGCCGGGCGAUCCACCCUCCUCUCCGCCUCCUGAAUCCGAGAGUGCGACGGCAACGAAAAAGGGUGGACGCAGAAAAGCACUCCUCGCUACUUACGAACCGGACAAACGCCUCGACUCGUGGCUCAAAGUCAAGAAGGAUUACGAUUCGUCUGCUUCAGACACUAUCGAUCUUAUUCCAAUUGCGGCCUGGCAUGGCACAGGCAGAAAAUGUAACUGGUGGUCUCCUAUCUUACUCGCUUGCAGGAACCCAGAAACUGGAGGACUAGAAGCAGUGACCAAAUGUAUGGCCGGCUUCAGCGAUACAUUCUACAAAGCCAACAGAGCAAAAUAUGAUCCUGAUGCAGCGAUGGACGAAGAUGAGGAAGAAGAUGUAGAGGAUGAGCAACCAGAGACCAAGAACAAUACUCUAGGCAGCAAGCCUUCGUAUGUGGAGUACACUGGUGGCCAUCCAGAUGUAUGGUUCUCUCCUCAAGAGGUCUGGGAAUGUGCGUUUGCGGAUGUGACGCUGAGUCCUACAUACACUGCUGCCAUUGGACUGGUGUCAGAGGAAAGAGGAUUGUCAUUGCGCUUUCCUCGCUUCCUCAAAGUCAGAGAAGACAAGGGUAUUGACGAAGCCAGUACAAGCGACUUCCUAGCCGAGCUGUAUCGGAAGCAGGAAGCUAGGGGCGAAAUAGAGAAGGAAAAGAAAGACGCGGAGAUUGAUGAAGAGGAUAUGUGA